GCCCCCAAGUGCGCUCGCGCCUAAUUCCGGGGGCGGGCCGGUCAGUAACCCAGGGCGACGCGAUGCGCAAAACCAAUUCACGGAACACGAGUCACUCCCCCGAAGUUCAGUCCAGUCCGAGGGCGGCUCGGCCGGCAAAACUCUUUGGGGCAAAGGCAGGCGGACGGUCCCAACUACACUGCGUGGCUUCCCCCGGACCCGCGGGCCGCAGCGGCGGAAGGAGCAGGAUCCCAGAGCCAGCAUCAUCUCUCUCAUUGGCUUAGGAAAAAAGAGCUGGCAAGAGUUUCCUGCUGGGGAUGGUGACGGCAUCAAGGGCCCAGAGCACGUGCCAUGACUUCCCUGAUGGAAAAGUUCUGGAAGUCAGCAGUCUGAAACGUUUCCCCGAGCUGACAUCGACACGUCAGCAGGCUGUGUUCCUUCUGGAGCCUCCAGCAGUAUCCAUCUCCGAGUCCGUUCCAGCUUCUAGAGGCUGCCUGCCCUCCUCAGCUCAGCGACCCCUCCAUCUUCACGCCACCCAGAACUUUAGUACCAGCACCAGAAGCCAAGUUUCCUCAGGGAAGGACAAUGCCCCUGGGGACCACCAUCUCCCCCGGCCACCACGACACCUCCUCGGGUUCGCGUGUGAUACGGCGGGAAAUGCAAGCCACAGCACUCCCUUUCUGUCAAGUGAUACCCACAGUGAAGUUUCCAUCCACAUUCUCUGCUGAUGUAUGCGCGGCUGUGUUUAUUUCUGGUGCUGCUGACUUUCCCCAUGUGUCGGGGACUUGGACGGUUACACCGACUCCGGGUUCAGGUUUCCCGCUCGCAACGUUUACUCACAACUACUUCAAACUUUUCUUAAGAUGAGAGCUUAAAUUACCAAAUACAGAUUCUUUCCCACUACAGAUUGAAGAGUGGAAGAGAAGAAAGUGUAAAGGGAGAGAGAGCUACUGUGUUAAAACAUGUCCAACUACUUCUUUUAAAAUUAAUUUUUAUUGGAGUGUAGUUGAUUUACAGUGUUGUGUUAGUUUCUGCUGUGCGGCAAAGUGAAUCAGUUACACGUAUACAUAAUAUCCACUCUUUUUUAAAUUCUGUUGCCAUAUAGGUCAUUACAGAGUAUUGAGUACAGUUCCCGGUGCUAAGCAGUAGGUUCUUAUUAGUUAUCUGUUUUAUAUAUAGUAGUGUGUAUAUGUCAAUUCCAAUCUCCCAAUUUAUCCCUCCCCCCGCCUUUCCCCCUCAGUGGAGGGACCUAGAGAUUGUCAUACUGAGUGAAAUAAGUUAGACAGAGAAAGACAAAUAUCAUAUAUCGCUUAUAUGUGGAAUCUACAAAAAUGGUACAAGUGAACCUAUUUACAAAACAGAAAUAGAGUCACAGAUGUAGAAAACCAACUACUUUUAAAACCCGGUAGCAGGACAGCCUCGUGCAGACUUGGUGUCCCCCUGGCGGUGGUUCCUCCGGGCAUUUUCCUAGCCUUGUGGCCUGGUUUACAUUUGCACUGGCUUCUCUUGGAGCCCCUCGUGGAUACUCACUGAGGCUUUCGUGGAUCCCUGCAUUGCGAGUCUGGACGUUUCCUUGUAAGUCACAGAGUUUGCCUAAGUGACCGGGAGGACCUGGUCCUCUAGAGUCGAUGUGUGAUUGCAGCGAAGGUCCGGCCCGGGAGCUUCAGCAGGUGUAUGACUCAUCCUGCCCCUGAUCAUUGAUGAAAUUUGAUCAUGCGAGUAGACCUUUCUUCUCAAACCCAGCUGUUAUUCGGCCUCCAUCCUGAAGGGUGAGGUUGGAUCACCCUGGCAAUUGCAUCCUCUCUGGUGUAACUGCACACGCUAUUCUAAUUCAUAGGCACGUAAUCCUCUUCAGAUUUAACAGACAUAACUGUUUCCAUAGGUGUCACCUACACUUGGAGAUACGGUCAAUGAGGCUUGGUUGGCCAAUGCUGGAACUUCCAGCCAGGUCUUUGUUGCAGACAUUGGCUGUGGACGAACAGGGUUUCCCUAUCACUCAGGUGACCCCGUGUUUUAUAAGGAAAAUAAUUUCCUGAAGCACAAAAGCCAAUGAAAAUUAUUUUUACUUUAGGAAUUUUAUCACGUCUUUAUGAGAAGGAAACACUGCAGGUAUGAUCCCCACUUUACUGAUCAAGGAAACUGAGGCCUAUGCUUUAAGGAGAUGACUCAGCUUGGUACAAAGAACAACAACACAAUUUGGGGCAAUGGAGAGAGAGCUACGGGUCUGAUAUUUAUUUUGAUUGAACUAGAGAUGUCAGACCACACAGUAAAUCUCAGUUCCAGGUGCCAAAUUAAUAGAAGUGGAUGUGUGGCACUGAAUUUGCAAAAUGAAAACAGGAAGUUGACACAGAAAAUGAAAGAUCACAUAACUUAUAAACCCAAUAAGGAGAUGCGAGAUGCAAGAGAUAAAUCACCAGGGUGGUCCAAGGGGCGGUGAUGAAUAUGCAUGGCCACCCUCUGACACGCACACUUUGCACAUGUUGCUGGCCUUGCGGCAGGUUAGAAAUAUGGCUGGGAGUGAGGAGUGGAGGGGAGGCUACAGCAAUGUUUUUAAAAAUAAAGGAAAAUGAGCCCAAAUGUGAAAUAUUGGAAUUAGUAGUUUUCAUCUUAGAGGAUUUCUUUUCAGCCACAGCUCUCAAAAAGUCAAAGGACAGAAGAGAGAGGAAGAGAGAGAGAUUUUUCUCUUUUUUUGUGUCCGUGCUGUAUAUUUUUUAUAUCCAUUUUCAGGGCAAAAUGUCACACCCCAGAUACAGCAAGGGCCAGGUAUUAUGGAUAGAGUAGCAUUUACACAUACCCCACCUAUUAUGCAAUUGAAGCUUCUCCUAACACAAGUUACUUACGAAAUGGGAUAAAAUCUUAGGGUAUUCAAGCAGAUUUUCAAGUCUUGCUUUGCUCAACAAACAUCAGUUUCAAAGUCUGCCAUCUUCCUGGGGCAGAUCCAGGAUCCAGAGCCAUGACCAGGACGCGGCCCCUGCCCUCACGGGUCCACCGCCUGGUGUGAGCGGCUGGCACCUGGGUAAAAGCACAGCCCUAAACGGAAUCCCAGCCUGACUCCGUGCCAGGAACUGAUGGAGUCAGGAGGACCUCCAGAGACGGCCGCGUCUGACCCAGUCCCCGUGGUGCUGGCUCCUGCCCUCGGGAUGCUGGGGGACCCUGGCGCUCAGUCUCUGGCCAUCUUCCCUUUUUGGCCAUCUACCCCUGCCCCCGAAGCUUGAGUGCUCCCAGGAACCAUCACUUUCAAUUCUACUGACAAGUGGAACUCGCAUCUCAGCCCUGCCGUCACCCGUGGUCUGCAGACUCAGUCCCACCAGCUCACAUUCCCUUCCAGGUGCGUGCAGGUCACAAACUGAGCACGUGCCAAACUGACUCUCGGUUUUUGUUCGUUUGUGUUUUACUCCCAGACUUGUUUCUCACUCUGUCUUCCCAAGUUCACACCGUUCGCACUGUGAAAACGCACUUGACUCUCGGAGCUGCGAGUGUUUUAAACUGGCUGCUUCUGACCACGCCCAUCUCACCAUCAGGACGUCCCUAGUUCGACUGCCUCUCUGCCUUUUGUGUAAAACACCUUAGUAGCCUCUUAAAGGCCUCCCCGCCCCUUAGAUUCAGUUCUCUACCUGCUGAUCUGAAGGACAUUUUUGCCAAAUGCAAAUCAAGUUCCUCCACCUUGUGGCACACGGCCUCCGAAGGCUGCCCACGCCGCAGGCCAGCGCCGCGUGCUUUCCUGUGGCCCACAAGGCAGAGGCGCACACCCCCCGGCCUCGUGUCCUAUACUUGAGAGUUUGCAAAGCUCCGAAGAUCUGUGUCCUCGUGUGCGCCUUCUAGCAACUCUGAAUUGUGGGUGUUAUCGUGAUUUCACUAUAGAAAGCUGAAAGAAAUACUCAGAAAGUUGAGUGAUUUUCCCCAAAUCCCAUAACUGGUGAAAUUUGGAUAUGAUCUUUACAAAAAAUCCUGGUUAUUUAAACGUCUAGCCAGAGCUCUUUCUGUUGGAUGCGACGCACACAGGGUACGGUGACGACAAAGGCUGUACGAACUCUUGACCUCAGAAAAGCGUGACAGGGAAAAUACCGAUUUGAACCUUGAUAGGAAGAUGGCUUCCCACACCUGGAGACCAGGGUUUACUUCAUACCCGCAGGGCACUGAGAGCUGGCCUUGCCCGCGUUCACCCCCAAUGUUGUGAUCUCGUGGAAGGGACUUAGGUGGUCUCUGUC